AUGGGGCUGGGUAGGUUUAGGGGCUCCGAGGGGCCGGUCUGGGCCAGCUGGGGCGGCAGGUCCUUGCGUGGCGGGAACCUGGACAGGUCGGGGGUCCGAGCACCUGUCAUUCCGAGCACCAGGGCAUCUGGGGUCAAGUUCACGAGCUCCCCGGGGCAGAACACGGAUGCUCUCAACAAGCACGGAGGAUACCUAGAGGCUGGCAAAGCACAGCAAUUCCAAACAGGUAUGCGGGGAGCCUUUGAAAAGCCCCAGGGCACUGUAGCCAGAGUCCACAUAGGACAAGUCAUCAUGUCCAUCUGCACCAAACUGCAGAACAAGGAACCUGUGAUUGAGGCUCUGUGCCGGGCCAAGUUCAAGUUUCCUGGUCGCCAGAAGAUCCAUAUCUCCAAGAAGUGGGGCUUUACCAAGUUUAAUGCAGAUGAGUUUGAGGACAUGAUGGCUGAGAAGUGCCUCAUCCCAGAUGGCUUUGGAGUCAAGUACAUCCCAAAUCGUGGGCCGCUAGACAAAUGGCAUGCGCUGCACUCCUGAGCACCUUAGUGUGGGCUUCUGAUCUCUGCUCACCAC